AUGGGCAUCGCAUCCCCUCCCACCGCACCAGCAGCGCUCACGCUCACACUCGCACUCACUGUCCUAACAACCGCGCAAACAUGCUACAACCCCGACCGGACGAUAUCCUCCAGUGCAGUCCCCUGCAGCAGUGACGACGACACAUUCUGCUGCGGUAGCGACGCAAUCUGUCUGUCGAGUGGCUACUGUCUCAGCGUGACGGCGCAGCCCUACAGUUUAUACCGCGGGUCCUGUACGGAUUCGGGCUGGGGGGAUUUUUGUGCUUAUUAUUGUGUAAACUUUCUCACGGGCACAAACGCCCCGAUAACAAGCGUUGGCACAAACGACGACGGCCGCGCGAUCUACUGCUGCGGGUACCAGAGCGCAAAUCAAACAAUGGACGAAUGCGCGAAUGGAGACGCGCCGUUUGUCCUCGAGGACGGGGAGAUGGUCUUUGGGCGGGCGGCGCUGGCGGAGGCGAGUGAAGAUUCGUCCUCUUCGUCGACGACGUCAACGUCUCCAACUGCUACAGGAACCGACGCAAGUACCGAGCCCUCAACGUGCAGCAACAAUGAUGUCGCAAUCGGCGCGGGUGUCGGUGUCCCGCUGGGUGUGUUGGCUCUAUCGGCUGUAGCAUGGGCGCUCCUUGAGCGGCGGAGGCGGGUGAAGACCGUCACUGGUGUUGGGAUUGGAUCGGGGGCUGAGCGUGGACAUGCGCAUGUGCUAGAGGUGUUUGUCCCGCCGCAGCGGAAGGCUGGGCCGACGGAGUUGGAUCAACAGACUGCUUCGAGUAGUCCGGAUACACUUAUUCAUGGGAGGGAGGUUGUUGAACUGAUGGGGUCUGAGAGGGGGACGACUUCGACGUGA